ACAUCACAUAACAAAUGUAACAUCUAACUUCAUAACCUGAAGAAAGCUUGCGUAUUAAAUUUUCACUAUGAUUUAUAGCUUCAAUACAUUUUUUCACGCUUGGUGAGGAUAUAAUGCUGUUGGUCCUGACUUUACAGCAAAGCCUAAGCUUGCCUGAAUGCAUCACAAUGCAUUAUGAAAAGAAAUUUAAACAAAAAAUAGUUAGAUUUUUGCAGAAAUUUUAGUCGCAUUUAGUGUGGUGUUGAAUGUGCUCUGGGAAACUUUGUUUUAGCGGAUUUAAAAUACUACUGUCCCUCAACUUAGAAUUUAAAGCAAAACCAGCAGAUGUCAUAGAGGCAUAGAAAAGUUACAGCACAGAAACGGCCCCUUCUAGUCCAUGCCAAAAGCAUUUAAACUGCCUACUCCUGUUGAUCUGCCCUCCAUACCCUUACCAUCCAUGUGUUCUGUCUAACCUUCUCUUAAACAUUGAAGUCAAGCUUGCAUGCACCACUUGCGCUGGCAGUUCAAUUUGCACUCUCACGAUCCUCUUGAGUGACGAAGUUUCCUCUCAUGUUUGCCUUUACAAGGCUGUAAAAAUAGAUUUUUAAAAAUUCUUUAGUAAUCCACUGUUCUCAGUGAAAAGAUCAUUGUAUCCAUCUUAGGUUAAUACAGUUCAAUAAAAGUAGCUGCCAUUGAUAUAAUGCUUUACAUGUCAUUGUAGCAGCUAAUUUCCACAGAGCAAGUUCCCACAAAUGAUAAUUCCUACUAAUAACUGGAGAUAUUUAGCAGCACACAGCAUUUAUUGCGAGAGGAAGUUUUAAAAUUUUGGAUGACUGGCACUUUGCCUUUUAUUGGUAAAGUGUUUUAGUGAUCAUUGUAUUAUAAAUGUUACCAGCAUGGAGGGUUAGUUUCUUCAGAUUUUAAAAUUGUAGCAUGGAAUCCUACACUGUACUUCAGGGAGAUGAUGGAACCCUGUACAAAACUUGGUAUCAUUAACACAAUAUCACUCGUAUCAAUGUUCCAUUGGAGUGUCAGCAUAGAUCUUUGUGUGCAAGUCCCUGGAGUGGUAUUUGAGCCCCACACCUUCAACUCAGGUGAGGAUGCUACCCACUGGGCCGCAGCUUACACGAUGUAAAUUCAAUUAUAUUUACUUAAACUUUUCCUGACAUUGUUUAAAAAGUAAUUUAACUUAAAACUAUAUAUGGCUUAGAAUGUUCUCAUAUCACUGAACGUGCCUGCAUUCUUGUGCCAUGUGUGAUGUUUUUAUUUGUGACUUUUACAGUUAUUAUCUGAAAGCUGCUUCUCCUGAGAUCCUAAGGACACCAUUGGAAUCAUCUGUGUAGACUGGAUACUUAUUAAACCAUUCAUCUAAAGUUUUAAUUACAAUCUGUAUUGAAUUUGCAUUUUAUAAAUAACUGUGGUGUUUUCAGUCUUUUUCCCCAAAUUUAAUUAUCUCAGUUUACCAUUUUGGGGGUGGGAGUGUGGGGAGGCAUGUGGUGGAGGUAGUGUGCAGUAUGUAUUUGCAGAAUCUUCAGAUCAGUAAGUGCUGCUGCUAAGUUUGAAGUUCAGCCAAUUGCUCAUUUAAUCAUGUUCCAAGUUCAAAAUAAAUUUAUUAUCAAAAGUAUAGCAAAACUUGAGAUUCGUUUUAUUAACAAAAAGUAAAUUUGCUAUUUAUUCUGAGACAGAUAUAUCCUCUUUUUUUAAUACAAUUGAAUGGGAAAAGGGUUUGUAAUUCAUGCAUCCCUUUUAUCUCUUACCAACAAUUAUUCAUAAUUUUAGGGAAAAAUUAUGAGCAGUUAACAAAAAUUGGUUAGAAUUUGGAAAUGAAGCAAAAUGCACAAGUAUUGUUUAGUAAUUUCUACUAUAGCCUUCCAGUGGUUGCCGUGAUUUUAUUUGGUUCAAAAUUGCUUCCAAAUUCUUAAUUGUUUCUGCUUUUCUUUGUAUGUUUUUCAGGUGGCAGUCAGGAAACAUGGCAGAUGACUUGGAUAUUGAAGCAAUGUUGGAGGCACCAUACAGAAAGGAGACUUGCCUAGUGAUAUCACAUCUCUACUACCAUGAAUACAGCUUUGAUUCCAGUCUGAACUAUCAAACAAUAAGGACGAGAACAAAUCGAGCAAAGCCAAUGGACAAGAGGAACGUAGUAAAAAGAAAAAGAAGAGCAGAAGUCGCAGUCACAGCCGUGAAAGGAAGAGAAGUAGAAGCAGAGAGCGUAGACGCAGCAAAGAUCGAGAAAGGAGGCGAAGCAGGAGCAGAGAGAGAAAAAGCAGCAAGAGCAGAGACCAUCGUCGCAGCCGAAGCAAGGACCGCCGGAGGGUAGAAAGAGGCCGUUACAGGAGUCCUUUUUCUGGUCCAAAAUUCAGCAGUGGUAGCAGCAGCAGAGGGAAGAUUGGCAUGCAACCUGGUAUCAAAAUAAGUCGAAGGCGCUCUCGAAGCAGAAGCCCUCAUAAGAAGGAUAAAAGUCCAGUAAGAGAGCCAAUUGAUAACAUUUCACCUGAAGAACGAGAUGCCCGCACAGUCUUUUGUAUGCAGCUAGCAGCACGAAUUCGACCCAGAGACUUGGAGGAAUUCUUUUCUUCUGUAGGAAAGGUUCGAGAUGUAAGAAUGAUAUCAGAUAGGAACUCAAGGCGCUCAAAAGGAAUUGCUUACGUGGAGUUUGUCGAUGUGAGUUCUGUUCCAUUGGCAAUAGGUUUGACAGGACAGAAACUGCUUGGUGUGCCAAUUAUUGUGCAGGCUUCACAGGCUGAGAAGAACCGAGCUGCAGCCCUUGCUAACAACCUCCAGAAAGGUACUGCAGGACCAAUGAGGCUCUAUGUAGGAUCUUUGCACUUCAAUAUCACUGAAGAAAUGUUGAGAGGAAUUUUUGAACCCUUUGGUAGAAUUGAAAAUAUACAACUGAUGAUGGAUAGUGAAACUGGCCGGUCAAAAGGCUAUGGAUUCAUUACGUUUUCUGAUGCUGAGUGUGCAAAGAAGGCUCUGGAACAAUUGAAUGGUUUUGAGCUUGCUGGUAGGCCAAUGAAGGUCGGCCAUGUUACAGAACGAUCUGAUUCUUCUAAUGCCAGCUCAUUUCUAGACAGUGAUGAAUUGGAAAGGACUGGUAUUGACCUUGGAACGACAGGACGUCUACAGCUGAUGGCUAGACUGGCAGAAGGUACAGGACUGCAAAUUCCCCCAGCUGCACAGCAGGCUUUGCAGAUGAGUGGCAACAUUUCACUGGGCACAAUGGCAGCAGUAACAGAGCAAGGCGAUGUCUGGAGCCGAGUAGUUCUGGGAGAACCCAAACUGAACAUCAAUGAACAAGUUAUCGAUUUGCAGACCAGAAUUAUCCAACAGACUGAAGCGCUGAAUCCUCCUGUGACGGUGAAUGCCCCACCAAUAGCAACACAGUGUUUCCAGCUGUCCAACAUGUUUAACCCACAGUCGGAAGAUGAUCCAGCUUGGGACCAAGAAAUCAGAGAUGAUGUAAUUGAAGAAUGCAACAAGCAUGGAGGAGUAAUUCACAUAUUUGUGGAUAAAAAUUCACCCCAGGGAAAUGUCUACGUGAAAUGUCCUACUAUUGCUGCUGCUGCAGCAGCCGUUGGCGCCUUACACGGAAGGUGGUUUGCUGGGAAAAUGAUCACUGCAGCGUAUGUGCCACUUCCAACCUAUCACAACCUCUUCCCAGACUCGAUGACAACCACCCAGCUGCUGACUCCAGCAAGACGAUAGGAGCUAGAAGGGAACUGAAAUUCCAAGCAACUUGGAGAAUGUGGACAAUUACAUAGUGGUUGCCUGUACAAACGACGCAAGUGGAAAGUAUUGUGGGAAAACUCUUACAACUCCCAAUGGACUUCAGACAAAUGUUUUUUUUUUCAAUCUUGCCAAGCCCUAGUGGAAGGAAAAUAAAAUGGCAGAAGUAGAUUUACACAAAUGCCCUAAGGCUGUUUUAUUUUGAUUUUGGUGCAGUGUACCACAUUUUGACUACACCAUAACAGUGAUAAUCGGAUCAGGAGAAAAAAAGAAGAAAGCCUGCAAUAUUGAAAGAUGGUGUGCAUCUUUCCUGGGGUUUUGAACUUCUGUUGUUCCUGUGAUAAGACUACUACAGUCAAGUAGACUAUAGAGGUAGCACUGCACUCUUGUUACCCAUUUUAAGUUACAUAUUUUGUUGGUUUUGGUGCUCUUCUGAUGGAACUUCACAGAUGAGCUUUUUUAAAAUAUCAGUUUAUAAAUUUUGUGAAGAUACUUAUUGCAGAAAAGUGAGUUAUUGGAAAAGGUAAUCUUUCAAUAGGUAGGUUGCAGCUAUUGUUGAAUUAAAGACCACACAGUAAAUACUCAGCCAACUGAUCGUUCACCGCAUUUGUUCUGAUGUGUAGAAUUCCAGUCAAUUUCAAUAAGGGUGAAUGACCAUGAAACCAUCUGAAGGCAAGUUAUGUGGAGUGUUAUGACAUGAGUUUACAUACAUUGGAGACUGGGGAUCUAGAGAACGAGGGAGCGAAAGCCAGUUAGGCUUAAGAAUAACUGGAAAAGUGGCCAUAUCAGAUUUUUUCUUCAGUUGUUGCUGGUGAUCUUAUUACCAAUGAUUUUUAAUUGAGGAAUCCAUAGCUGAUGUUAAAAACAAAAGGGUUCAUGCUAAUGUGCAGAAAAUUAAAUUUGUAGCAAUUGUGGAUUUGGCUACUUACCAUUCCAAAAGUUAAUUGGAGUGGUGGUCUAUAUCAGUAUCGGUCUAGGGCUAAAGAUCACCGUGCCUAGUUCUGGAAAGUGUUAAUACUAGGUUUGGCUAGUAUUAUGACCAAAGUUUGGAUAUUCAUUAAAUGGCAAACUGCAAAGGGUAUGGAGUUCUAAAUAAUCUUUCUGUACAGUUGGCCUCAAGGUGACAUUUUCAGAUUAAAGCUUAUUGUAUAUACAGUUUGCCUUAUUUGGUCCAUUCUCAAUGCUAAUCUUCACUUUCACCCACCCCACCCAGAAUGAACGUUCCUUAUGUAAAUAUAGUGAUGUGCUAUCCUUGUGCUUCCAUAGGAUCUAGGCCAGACAAACUUAAUUUUACCAUUUGAAUAAAAGUCUGAACAUUUGGCUGAAUAAAGAUGGGUGUAAGAGCAAAAUAUAUUAAAGUGCACAAUUAUGCUGAGGAAUGAAAUAUUCCUAACAUCAAGCAAGUUGAAAGGAAUCUGCUAACAGUUUCAAGCCUGAGUUUCGCCUCCUGGACUUAAUUGAGAUAUUAUGACCCAAUGUUUUCUAAUUGAAGGAAUUGGGAGGUUCUUGUCACUUCAUUAGUUGACUACAUAAUCUGUCUUAAAUUUGAGGGUUUCUGAAUAAAUUGCAUUUUCAUUCUUAUUUUUUUUUAAACAGUUGUCAAAUAAGAUGAAAGCCAAUUAUAUUCACUUUCAGUGCAUCUUCUAUUGGAUAUUAAUUACACGUAAGCAGAGUCUUUAAUUAUAUGCGUUUAGAGCCCUAGGCCAGUUUAAUAGUUGUUUCUUAAUUGCCUUUGAUAUAGAAAGUGUUCUAUCAGGAAGGAAAAACAACUCAUUGGAAAGUUAAUUAAUAACUGUCUUUAUAAAUGCACACUAAAAAAAUUGCAUCAAGGGUAACAGUAAUUUUGUCUGGCCGUGCGUGGUGUUUCUUGCUGUUUCUUUAAGCUCUGUGAGCUCCAGAGUGUAAACAUUACCUAAUUUUUUUCCCCUUCUGUAGUGUGAUUCAACAGCAGCCUGGUAUUUCUAUUCAAAAGUAAGGAUUUUGUAAUUGGUACAAAUUUUGUAUAAAAAAUGCAAAAUCGUUCAAUAAAUAAAAGAAAAAUCA